GAAGCUUCCCAAGCAGGGCAGCUUCCCUGUGCUUCUGAAACAAGCAUGUUCUAUGCCAGAGCACAGCAAGUCUCCACGGGUCCACAGAAUAAUUCAAGAAUUCUACACAGCAGGGCGGUCAGCUGGGAGAGCAUCGGCCCAGCAUAUGGUGGUGAAAUUCCGCCGUACAGGAGAGAGUGCAAGGUCAGAGGACGAUUUGGCUUCUGGAGAGCAUGAUAUCCAGAUUGAGGGGGUCCGAGUGGGCCUAGAAGCAGUUGAGCUGGAUGAUGGGGCUGCUGUGCCCAAGGAGUUUGCCAAUCCCACGGAUGACACUUUCAUGGUGGAAGAUGCGGUGGAAGCCAUUGGGUUUGGAAGAUUUCAGUGGAAGCUCUCUGUUCUCACUGGCUUGGCUUGGAUGGCCGACGCCAUGGAGAUGAUGAUUCUGAGCAUCCUGGCCCCUCAGCUGCAUUGUGAGUGGCGACUCCCCAGCUGGCAGGUGGCACUGCUGACUUCGGUGGUGUUCAUCGGCAUGAUGUCCAGUUCCACGCUCUGGGGAAACAUCUCGGAUCAGUACGGCAGGAAAACAGGGCUGAAGAUCAGCGUGCUCUGGACCCUGUACUACGGCGUCCUCAGUGCUUUUGCGCCUGUGUAUAGUUGGAUCCUGGUGCUCCGAGGCCUGGUGGGCUUUGGGAUCGGAGGGGUGCCCCAGUCGGUGACGCUGUACGCUGAGUUUCUUCCCAUGAAAGCCAGAGCCAAGUGUAUUUUGCUGAUAGAGGUCUUUUGGGCCAUCGGGACAGUGUUCGAAGUCCUCCUGGCUGUGUUCGUGAUGCCCAGCCUGGGCUGGCGCUGGCUGCUCAUGCUCUCGGCUGCCCCGCUGCUUCUCUUCGCGGUUCUGUGUUUCUGGCUACCAGAGAGUGCGAGGUAUGAUGUGCUGUCCGGGAACCAGGAAAAGGCCAUUGCCACCUUAAAGCGGAUAGCAACAGAAAAUGGAGCCCCCAUGCCUCUGGGAAAGCUCAUCAUCUCCAGGCAGGAAGACCGAGGCAAAAUGAGGGACCUUUUCACACCCCACUUUCGAUGGACAACUCUGCUGCUGUGGUUUAUAUGGUUUUCCAAUGCCUUUUCUUACUACGGCUUGGUUCUGCUCACCACGGAACUCUUCCAGGCAGGAGAUGUCUGCAGCAUCUCCAGCCGGAAAAAGGCGGUGGAAGCCAAAUGCAGCUUGGCCUGUGAGUACCUGAGCAAGGAGGAUUACAUGGACCUACUGUGGACCACCCUGUCUGAGUUCCCAGGUGUCCUUGUGACUCUGUGGGUCAUCGACCGCCUGGGCCGCAAGAAGACCAUGGCCUUGUGUUUCAUCAUCUUCUCCCUCUGCAGCCUCCUACUGUUCAUCUGCAUUGGAAGAAACGUGCUCACCCUCCUUCUCUUCAUUGCAAGAGCAUUUAUUUCUGGAGGCUUCCAAGCGGCCUAUGUUUACACACCUGAGGUGUACCCCACGGCGACGAGGGCACUGGGCCUGGGUACCUGCAGCGGCAUGGCGAGAGUGGGCGCCCUCAUAACUCCGUUCAUUGCUCAGGUGAUGCUGGAAUCCUCUGUGUACCUGACCUUGGCCGUCUACAGCGGCUGCUGCCUCCUGGCUGCUGUGGCCUCCUGCUUUCUGCCCAUCGAGACCAAAGGCCGAGGACUGCAGGAGUCCAGCCACCGGGAAUGGGGCCAGGAAAUGGUUGGUCGGGGGACCAGCAGUGCGGCUGUCCCCAGGUCGAACUCUGGCUCUCAGGAAUGAUGACCGACCCCUGGGGGUUGAGCUGGUCUUUGAGGUUAGGGAGCUGGCAGAGCCCAGCCGGGCCACUUACGGUCACUGCCGACACCGAGAACUUACCCAAGAGGGUGAUGUGGACCAACAGGGUUUUGUGUCUUAGCUGUGUUUGGCCAUGUUCAUUGAGGGUCACCCACCCCGGGAAGAUGGGGUGGCAUUCACUCCAGGGGGUUCUCUGUGGUGGGGGAAGGUUUGUACAUCACUGUGCAUCUGCAUGGGGAAACUGCUACUGUGGGAGGGUCCCAGGAUGCUCAGGGCCAGCUGAGCAGAUGUCAUAUAGUUACCCAGUCAUACCCUUGGGGAGCUACCACCCACAGAGCUCCGUAGAUACAGUCCAGGCCCAGACCCCGUGACACCUGCCAUUUUGUCCAGUAGGUUUCUUCUGCUCCCUGGCCCCAGGCUUUCUUUGGAAUUAAGGUGAGCUAGUGUCUGGCCCAAGCAGCUUUUAUGGAGCCAGAGAUGCCCACUGCUUCCUUGGCUGGGCCCUUCUAGAUGUCUCUCUGGGGCCUGCCGGGUGGAAACUGGCAGAUAAAUGUGCAUCUGGUUUGAACCAAGCAGCCCCCACCUGGCCCCCUCCCUCUGGAGUUGCUAUCUCUGGCUGCAGAGGGUCCUGUUAUAUCUCUGGGGAGAGCUAGGUGCCCACCAGGGGAUCGCCUCAGAAAGCUGUUACCUCGUUCCCCAACCUAGACAUUGGAAACUGAGGCCGAGGGGAGAUUCAAGCCCAAAGCCAGUCUCUGCUGAAGCAGCAAAGGGCUUUCUGGGCCCUCUGUUCUGGCUCCCUCUUCAGCCCUACUGAAUGGUGAGUCCCAGUUUACUCAGGCUUCAGGACCGUGCUAUGUGAAGACAGCUGCAUGGGCUGAGGGGUCUCCGGGUGAAGCACCUGCUGCAGGCCACUCAGUCUUGGGGCCAGAAGCCCACUGCUCCUCCCGGGUCUGCUUUCUCUCAUGCCCCGUCUGUCAAGGGCAGCGCUGGCCCUACAGAGGCGGGUCCCGGGAGGAUGCCUUGGCGCAAGGAUCAGAAAAGUCCAUGUCAGAGGGGAGGGGGAAAGCCAUUGUCUUGGCCUCGGGAGGAAGGACGGGAGGGAGGUCUCGGCAGUCCACACAUACUCCCAGAUUCCAAAACACACGAGCCUUCUCCUGAGGUUCGGGGAGGAAACACUCUGGAGGAGGGAGGAAGGAAGGAAACUGCCAGGCCCCAUCCAAGGCCAGAGGAAACCGACCCACGGCUCGAUGCGCACACUGCAAGGAAGCCGAAUGUGCGUUGUGCAUUCAUCUCUUAUUAAAACGUUGGUGACGGACAUGA